CAAAGCAGCUGACUACGGUCACACUCGACAAAACCAGUGCCACAGGCAGCAGCAAGGAAAACCACCACCGAAGGAUAAAAAAAUAAUAUGGAGCCUGCCGCUCGGCAGCAGCAACAGCAACAGCCGCAACCCCUAGCCAUGGAUCCCAUCAACAUAGUGCGACUCGAGGAGGCGGUCGUCUCGUUCUAUCGCUCCAACUCUCAGAACCAAGCGAUCACCCAUGAAUGGCUCACAGAUGCAGAGGCCAGUCCACAGGCCUGGCAAUUUUCAUGGCAGCUAAUGCAGCUCGGUAAGAGUCAGGAGGUGCAGUUCUUCGGGGCCAUCACCUUGCACUCAAAGCUGAUGAAGCACUGGCACGAAGUGCCGCCCGAGAAUCGCGAGGAACUGAAGCAGAAGAUCCUUGAGUCCAUCGUUCGAUUUGCUGGCGGACCCAAGAUCGUUCUCAAUCGUCUUUGCAUUUCGCUCGGCGCUUACAUAGUCCACAUGUUAAGCGAAUGGCCCGGAGCCAUCGAGGAGGUGAUCAACACGUUCCAGAAUCAGCGGAUGCCCAAUGUCAACGCUGAUGUGCAGUUGUGGAUCAUGCUAGAGGUGCUGUCGGCCAUUCCCGAGGAGGCCCAGAUUAUCCACUCCUCUGUCAAGCGGGUAACUUUGCGCGGCGAGAUUGGUAAGCGGGUGCCACUGGUGCUCCAGACUGUCGAGAGGUAUCUCAAGAUGCAGAUGAACCGCGUUUGGGACGCCGAGGCCUACAGCAAUAUGAACAGAGCCGUUAAGUGCGUGGGCACCUGGAUCAAAAACAUUGGCUACUCCAUUGAGGGCUGCGUCAGCAUUACGGCCGUGCUUCUGGAAGUGGUUCACAAGUGCUACUGGCCCUGCAUCCAUGCCGGCGAUGGGUGCAUGACCGCCGAUGAGAACGAGCUGGCCGAGUCAUGUCUAAAGACAAUGGUGAACAUCAUCAUCCAGCCGGACUGUCACAAUUACCCGAAGACGGCUUUUGUGCUCAUCAAGAUGUUUUUGGACUCCUUGGCUGACAUAACCAAAACGGAGUGGAAGCGGGAAAAUGACAACGAGGACAUCAUCGUUCACAUCUAUAUGCUGUUUGUGUCCUCCGUAGAGCGUCACUCGACUUUGUUGCUGAGCGGGAUCACAUCCUCGGAUCCAGAACUAUCCAUCCUAGUGCAUCGCAUCGUGCAAGAGAUUCUGCACUGUACUGAUAAGCCGGGAAUAUACCCCGUUGAGGAGUCGUGCAGCACUAUGGCGUUGGCCUUUUGGUAUAUGCUACAGGACGAAGUGUUCGCAAUGCAAAACGAGGAGCAUAAGCACAAGUGCUGGGAGUACAUCAAACCAUUGUAUGCCCACUUGACCCGAAUUCUAGUGAGGAAAUCAGAGCAACCAGACGAGAAGUCUCUCGCCAAAUGGAAUUCCGACGAUUUGGAGUGCUUCAGAUGCUACAGGCAGGAUAUUUCCGAUACCUUUAUGUAUUGCUACGAUGUAUUGAACGGCUAUAUACUCGAGAUUUUAGCCGCCAUGCUGGACGAGGCUAUUAUCGAUAUGCAAAGACAUCCAACUCAUUGGACAAAGCUGGAAGCCGUCAUCUAUUCUUUCCAAUCGGUGGCCGAACACUUUGGUGGCGAAGAGUCGCGGCAGAUACCCAGGUUAAUGCGGGUCCUCGCUGAUAUUCCAUACGAGAAACUCAACGUAAAGCUAUUGGGAACUGCUCUUGAAACGAUUGGCUCCUAUUGCAAUUGGCUAAUGGAGAACCCGGCCUACAUUCCGCCGGCUAUCAACCUGUUGGUGCGGGGCCUAAACUCUUCGAUGUCUGCUCAGGCCACUUUGGGUCUUAAGGAGUUGUGCCGGGAUUGUCAGUUGCAGCUGAAGCCGUAUGCAGAUCCACUCUUGAACGCAUGUCAUGCCUCCCUAAACACUGGACGAAUGAAGAACUCCGACUCGGUUCGGCUUAUGUUUAGCAUCGGGAAGCUCAUGAGCCUACUGCAGCCGGAGGAGAUACCGAAGUAUUUGGAUAUAAUUGUUAGUCCCUGCUUUGAGGAGUUGCAGGCUAUUUGCCAAGCAGAGUCGAAAACUCCCGCUGCUCGGAUUCGCACCAUUUUCAGACUCAAUAUGAUCUCCACCCUCUUCUCUUCUCUUAAUACGGAUGUGGAUGAUGAGAGCAAGGCUCUUCCAAUUGUGCAGCCAGUGCUUCUUGUCAUGCAACGAACAAUGCCCAUCUUUAAAAGAAUCGCUGAGUUGUGGGUGGAGGAGAUCGAUGUCCUAGAGGCUGCUUGCAGCGCCAUGAAGCACGCAAUCAUGAACUUAAGGAGCAGUUUUCAGCCCAUGCUUCAGGAUCUUUGCUUGUUCAUAGUUGCCAGCUUCCAAACCCGUUGCUGUGCGCCAACCUUGGAAAUAUCCAAGACGGCCAUUGUUAUGUUCUUCAAGGACGAGGGCUGCAAGCCGCUGAUGCAGCAGCUUUUGAGGGAGUUUAUCCAGCACAGCUUUAAGCUUUUCGAGAACACUCCCGAGCAGAACUUUUCAAACAUUUCGGACACUAUGGAGACAUUCUUUGGCUGUCUGUCGCAGAUCGUGAAAAAAAUCCCCCAGGUUUUGGAGGACAAGACUAUAGCUUACGAUAGACUCGUUUUUUACGCCCAGCGAGGCAUGACUUUGCCGGAGAGUGGAGCCAUCCGGAACAGCAUCCAAUUCUUAGCCCACUUUGUAUUGCAGUCGCGCAACCAUCCGCAUGUCACUGAAGUCGUUCUUGCCACUGGCGAACAGACGCUCUAUACGGCAAUGAUGUGCGUUGGGUAUUUAACACCUAGGUCGCAGGUGGACAAGUUUGCAGACAUCCUGCUGGCUAUAAACAAGAAAUAUCCCGCUGAGAUGGCGGUCUGGAUGAAGACCCUAAUGGCCACACCCAAUUUUCCCACCCAGCUUAUAUCCGACGUGGAUAAAACACGUUACACAUCUCUCAUAGUCAAGGAAAAAGUAAACAAGAGGUUAUUGCAGCAGCAUCUUAAUGAGAUGGCUAUAAAGACGCGAGGACUCACCGAGAAGUUCCAGUAAAUUAAUUGAUGUAAUAAGUGUUUUAAAUCAGAUGGCUAUUAAGACGCGUGGACUAACCAAGAAGUUCCAAUGAAUUAAUUGAUGUUAUAGGUGUUCUAAAUGAGAUGGCUAUAAAGGUGCAAGGGCUAAGCGAAAAGUUCCAUUGAAUUUAAAUUUACGAAAGUGGCCAAAUCUCAACCUAAACAAAAGCUCUAAUCUAGUUUCUGUAAUUGUAUUUAAUUUGUAAUUAGGCAGAUCUGUAAAUGUUCCUUCAUCUUAAGUUUGCCACCGGCAUAGGUCCAAUAGUUCUCGACUUGAUAAACUUUUAUUUAUAAUUUUACAAAAUUACAUGCUCCAUUUAUAAUUUGCACAUAUAUUUUUUUAAAGGGUGUAUAACUCAUUUUAUUUAUUGUUUCACUUUUAGUAAAUAUUUUAUGGUUUUUUUUUUAUAUAUAAUUCUUAUAUUGAAAAGUUUGAUUUUCACCGUUUCCUUUAUGAAAAAAUCUGCCUUUCUAAGAAUUACUUUCCCUUUACCUUUCCUUGUUAUUAUUGUUUGCAAUUUUCCACAUAGUGUAUGUGUCUAUAAUGCCAAAAAUAUGUAAAUACAUCUCUUUAUAUAAUAUAUAUUUGUGUCUAUAGCUAAACUGAA